GGCCAGGUGGAAGCGACGAGUUUGUAAAUAAGAAAGCUAUGGCAGAAUAAAAGUUUCUACCUGGACGGGUAGCGUCAUGGAGCGAGGGUUAUGCGCUAGGCGGUGGGAUUCUCUGGUGGGAUGGAGAGCAGCUGAUCCGCUAGCAGCGUAAGGUGAUUCUGGCAAAUCGGCGAUUGGAUCUAGCUGCCGCGCGCCGCGCGGCUGAUCGGGUAGGGUUUUGCGCGAUCGAUCGAUAUCUGGGAGCCGAUCGCGUCCACCGGUGGCGGUGCAUUUGCGCUGCUCCAGCCGAGAAUGGAGGCGGAUGCGCCUUUGGAUUGCGCUCACUUCCUGCUCACGCCCACGCGCACGAGAUGCGAGCUUGUGGUUUCCUCUGGCGAUCAGACGGAAAAGCUAGCGUCGGGAUUGCUGCAGCCUUUCUCGUCGCACAUCAAGGCGGUGAACGAGGAGAUCGACAAGGGUGGCUGCUCGAUCAAACUAGAGCCAUCUGGAGACGAUGCUGCGUCUUGGUUUACUAAAGGUACUAUGGAAAGAUUUGUAAGGUUUGUGAGUACUCCCGAAGUGCUCGAGCGCGUGGAUAGCGUGGACAAUGAACUGUCUCAACUGGAAGAAACUUUAAGCAGACACAAUGACGGUUCUGUGAGCGGACCCGAAACUCCAGUAUCUGUCAAUGGGGAAGCAUCGCAAGGCCAUCUUGAAAAUUUGCAGAAUUCUUCGGCUGGUGAACAAGAGAAUUCGAACUUACAGUUGUUGAAAGCGUUGGAAGCUCGUCGGGCAAUAUUGCAGAAGGAGAAGUCCAUGGCUUUUGCGAGAGCAGAGGCUGCUGGAUUCAGUGCGAAAAAUACGUCAGAUUUGAUGAGGUUCGCCCAACAGUUCGGGGCAAGCCGUUUAAGUGAUGCAUGUGAAAGCUAUAUGAGAUUUUGCAUGAAAAAGCGGGAAACUGAGAUAUGGUUGGAGGGAAUGCAGUCGCAUUCUCGUGGUGACGUAGAAGACGGUCCCAACUUCGACCUGACGAGUCAUUCCAUUGGAGACUUCAUUAAUGACAGUAAGGAAUGCGACAGUAAGGAAGCCGCAGCGGAAUCAGAAAGGGGCGUACAGGUCAUUCUCGAUCAUGAGGAAGCCUCGGGACGAAGGACGAGUGUUCAAGAAAAGAUAACUAUGUUCGAAAGCAAGAAACAAGAGAUCGAAGAUAGGCGUCGAGUGUCGGUAGCUGAUAUUGAACGGACAGAUACACAAAAACCAGUCUUGCGGAGGUGGAGUUUAGCUGCUGAUAAGCUUGGUAGAAAACCGUCGGAGCCAGUGGAAAAGGGAAAAGGCUUGAACCAGUCUUCAAUGGGAGGAAAGAUAAAGCAGGAAUUAGAGGGACCUGUAGAUAGCAGUCUUGUAGAAGAUUUGGCUACUGGUGCGAUUGAGAACGUGUCUACGACAGGAAACGCCGGACCGCUGUUGCAAGAGCCAGAGCCUAGCGACGAUCAAAAGAGCGUCUUGAGCGAAACACCGUCCUUGAAGGAUACGAAGGGAAGGCUGUAUGACACGUACCGCGAGCGUAGGGACGCUAAGCUCAAAGAAGGGACGUCAAAGAAAGCCGAGAAGCAAGCAAGGCUGAAAGUUAUGCAGGAGAGUCUGAAUAAAAGGAGAGCAGAGGUAGCCAAAACCUUGAGGUCAAGUAAGAACGAUCCGUUGGCCGAGGCACGACUACGAGCGGAAAAAAUACGAGCAUUCAAAGCUGGUCUCCUGGAGUUGAAGAGAGCAAAGGAAGAGGAAGAACGGAAGCGUUUGGAAGAGCUUCGCUUGCAAAGAUUACAGAAGAAAGUUGCUCCAAGCUCCCCGCAUUCAGGUGCUUCUACUCCAAGAUUACCAGCGAAAGCCACGUCGAGCAAAGGACUAUUGCCAACUUUUCAAAGAGCAAGCACAACUCAGAGCAGCAAUUCUCAGGGCAGCAGAGGCCGCAAACCCGCCCCGACGUUGGACAAUCCUAGAAAAGUCCAGCAAGAGAAACCGGAGGCCAUCGCCACGAAGGCAAAUCUGAAGAAGGACGACGCUCGCUCACAGAACGCGAGGCUGCGAAGCAUAGUUUUGAGAAGAAGCAUGCCUUCGUCGGAGGCCCUGAGGAGGAGCUCGAGCAUGGGGGCAGGCCACCGCAGGGAAAUAGGGAGACUCUCUGGGGAGGCUGCGAGCAGUGGACUGAAGUUCCUGGACGCCGCUGCUACGGACCUGGGGGACGACGAGGUUUCAUCGCCAAUGAUCAACGUAAACUGCAAGGCUGAGCGAGUCAAAGAAAAAGAAGAGGAUGGAGAUGAGGCGGCAGCAGCAGCAGCGAAGGAAGCAGAGACGCUGGUGAUCCGAGCUCCAGUGACUGCAGACGAUGAUCUUCUCCCGGCGAGAGUUAUCGACGCCGGAACAUCGUCGCGCGAGGAAAACGUCGAGCCUGGUCCUCCUGGAGCAGCAGCGGUAGCGAGAGAUGGCGGAGACUACAUUGCUCCAAUUGCACCAGUCUCGAUCUCUCCAAUGGUUGUAGUACAGACGUACAAUGCGUGAGCCUGCUUUUAUUUUUUGGUUGAAUGAAUAUUUUUGGUGCUGUCUUUUAUUAUAAUUAGUAUUGUAAUUAAUAUUAAUUUAAUGUAGAUUACUCUUUAUAUC